AUGAUUCAAUCACCAGAAUUACAAAUAAAAAAUAAAAUCAAUGUUUUGAUUUUUGGAUUAUGUGAUUCUGGUAAAACUGAAUUAUUGAAAGCUUUAAAAAAUGAAAAUCAAAAACUUAAUGAAAAUGUAUAUGAUGAAGAUUUAGAUUCAGAAGAAGAUGAAGAAGAAGCUAUGGAUAAAUUUGAAGGUGAUUAAUAUUCUUCUUAAGUUACUCGUUGUUAAUAUAAUUCAGAUUAAUGUAAUAUAUAUUUUGAAGAAUCAAAAAACUACUAUGGUCAUGAUUUCUUAAGUAAAGCACCAAAUUUUGAAGUUUUAAUGUUUCUUUUCAAUGCUUAAAUAGGAAUCUUUGAAAAUUAACUAGACAAUAAUUUCCAUUUUAAUUUAGAAGCUAUAAGAUUACUAAAAUAAAAUUACAAAAUCAUUUUUGUUAUUACUAAUAUGAAUAGUUGUAAUUGGAGUAAAGAGAGAUUUGAAUAUAUCUAAAAUAAAUUGUAAUCCUUAAUUGUUGAUUUAUAAUUUACAGUUAUUCCUAUUGAUUCAAAAUCAUUCACUAAUAUUAUUAAUAAAGAUUGCUAAUGGUAUGAAGGAAAUUCUUUGAUAGGAGAGAUUUCCACUAUGAAAAUUAAUAAUUUUUAAAAUAUAUUAAGAAUUAGAGUAUUAAAUAUAUCAAAAGUACGUAACUCAACGUAUGAAUGUAAAGUUUUAAGUGGUUAAUUAAAUUAAAUCUAAAUUCCAUUACAUUUUUACUCUAUAAUGUAAAAAACUGCUGUUUAAGUCAUUGGAAUUAUGGAUUUAAUUAAUAAUAUCUAAUAUAAUAUAGCUCAAAAUGAUCUGAUACAAGUAAAACUACUUACUAAUAUUAGAUUGUAAUGAAUUUAAAUACUAAAUUAUAAAUUGGAGAUAUCUUAUCACUUCCUCAUUAAGCGCCUUGUUUUCUGAGUAAAGAAAUAUUAGCUGAAAUUUAAUUAGAGACUUAAAAACAAUCAUUAAUAAUAACGGGUGGAUUCUCAGGAUUGUUAAAUUUUAAUGGUAUUCAAACUCUUUUUGAAAUUACCAAUGUUGAAUAUAUAAAUAUAGAUGGUAAAAAAUAAACUUAAGAAUUCUUAAAAUCCAAAUAAUCAGGAGGAGUUAAACUUAAGGUAGAUACUUACUAUAUAUGAAAGCUUGCAGAACCAUUUUGUUUAGAAAAAUAUAACGUAUUCUUUGAAUUAGGACAUUUUUUGAUCUUAACCAAUGAUUAGUAUAUUAUGCUAUUAAAUUAGAUAAACUAUAGGAAGUGGUAAUGUUCUUAAAGUAAAACCAUUAUGA